AUGCAUUUACCAACCGAUUCAGUGAACGGUGCCAGUCCGGUUAGUUCCGGCGGGCAAGAAAGGACUUCUACAGACUUUGUAUUCCCUGGCGAAAGAAUUUUGUCAGAGGUAAUGUCCGAACAUCCCGGAGAGUUGGUACGUACUGGCAGCCCAUGCUUUCUCUGUUCCUCGUUGCCCACCCACUGGCGUUCCAACAAAACGCUUCCAGUGGCGUUCAAAGUGGUGUGCCUGAGCGAAGUGGCAGAUGGCACAGUGGUCAGCAUUCGUGCAGGAAACGACGAGAAUUUCUGUGGGGAGCUGCGAAAUGCUACGGCGGUCAUGAAGAACCAAGUGGCCAAGUUCAACGACUUGAGGUUCGUCGGAAGGAGUGGAAGAGGGAAGAGCUUCACUCUGACAAUCUCUGUCAGCACGAGUCCACCCCAAGUUGUCACUUACAAUAAGGCAAUCAAAGUUACUGUUGAUGGACCGAGGGAACCCCGAAGACAACAACAGCAGUUGAGGGCGUUUGCAACAGCAUUCGGUCACCGCCCGCCACCCUACCUGGAUCCUCGCUUCGCCCCGGAUCCUCUCCGUGAGUGGGAGCACCUAAGACGAAAAGGAGCCUUCGAACACUGGGCCAUCGAAAUGCCCCGACGACUCGGCAACGCACAAGAUUCCUUGCAUCUGUCAGAAGCUCCCUGGUCUGCAUAUGGACAUCCGUAUGCCUCUUAUUUGGCUUCAUCAAUAGGAGGUGCAGGGUUCUCCUCCUACCCUCCCUUGGAGGCGGCUGCACUCUCUGGUGUCUCCCCUUCGUCACAGGAUUCCUGCUCUUCCAAUCUGCCUCCUGCAGCCUUUACUUCAAUUCUGAGCGACCGCAGUUCAGCUGUGACGACGCCUUCCUUCCCGCCUCUGAGUGACCCCCUCAAAAGCGAACCUCUCCUGGUGUCCAGGUACAUGGGAAGCCAAGAACAACUCUGCCUUUCGGAUCGGCUGACAGAGCUGAGGCAAGGCCUCCACUCUGCCAUCACCAGCUCGACGCAGCCCAGCACGACGAUAGGACUCCUUUCAAACAGUGCAGGCACACAGCCCUAUCUCGGACAGCACCCAUAUUCGCUCGCUUUGCCCUCUCCUGCCUACUACAACAACAACGGUGGCUCUGGUCCCUCUGGUGGCAUGUAUCUAAAUCCACCUGUCGUUCCGACUUCUCUUCUGUAUCCGCAACUAUACGGGAGUGUAGCCCACAACCAAUUGCAUCCAACGAUUCACAUCUCGCUCCACAGUAACAAUUCGACAGAGCCCGCGAAAUCUCCAGAGCCUCAAAAGAGUGAGGAGGACAUUCCAGGAUCCAGGAGUUCCAGCAAUGGAGGAUCCAGCGAGCACGGUGGCUCCACAUCUUCGAUUGCAAACCUCAUGUCUCACGUGGAGAGUUCUCCUCCAGAAUCUCCACAACAUCAAAUUGUGCAAACGAACUGCACCACAACAACGAACGGCAAUACAGUGUUUGGCAGCACGGCAAACGGACACGCAGAUCCUGCUCUUUGGAGACCUUAUUAA